CUCACUGAAGAUGUAGUGAACCGAAUGAAAGAAUCCUCUCAAAGCAAGAGGAGCAACCAGAGAUCUCCUCGUGCAUCCAAUGGCACAGCUCCAUCUUCAGCUGCAGGAGGGAAACCCAAAUCUCCUACAGGAAUCCAGCCACCAACAGCAAGUGACUCUGCUGCAGAGCAGGAACUGUACAGGAGGUAUGAGCAAGAACAGGCACUGGUCCAAGAGGAACUGUUCCGGUUGGCCAAAAGAGAAAGGGAAGCAGCCAGUGAGGCCUUGAAUACUGCUCUUCAGCGGGAGAGGAACAACACUAAUGAGGAGAGGCAGAGAGCAGCCCAGCUGCCUGAGGAUUUGGACGCCUGGGCUGUGGAGCUGGAAGGCAGAGAGGCAGAGUUGAAGCGACAAGAGGCCUUCUAUAAAGAGCAGUUGGCUCGUAUUGAGAGGAAGAAUGCAGAGAUCUACAAGCUGACAUCCGAGCAGUACCAGGAGGCAGCCACCAAGGCGGAGGAGUGGAUAAAGAGGAGGAACACUGAUCCUGUCUGUGCAAGCCUGCAGUCUGAAAUUCUGAAGUGCUACCAAGAAAACAAACAUGAAGUGCUCAAAUGCUCGGAGCUGGCUAAGGAGUAUCAGCGCUGUGUUAGUGCAGCACAGAAGGAGCUGUUAGUUAAUUCUGGAUAAACAUCAGCCGCCAUGGAGCAGAGGACAGGGACCACAGAUGCCCUUGGAAGCCCCAGCAUCCUUCUGGAUAGACACUGACCAAAACCAGUGCCUUCUGCCCUUCACGGUCCAAGACGACAUGGUUCCUCUUCCAGUUGCCUGCAUGUAUCAGUCUCAGUGGACGUUCCUGGGGUUGGGAGAAGGGUCCCAGGAGAGGGGGACGCUAUCGUUUCUCUCUGUUGUUCUGCAAUGUAAAGAAUCUUGUUGACCCCGAGUGCUUCCAGCACAGCUUGUAGCUUGGGACAUGAGACUGGUUCACCCUGUGCUAGCUUCAGUUUCACCAACCUGCAUCUGAGUUUCAAGAGCUGUUACCUCUGUCCAUUUGCUCUGGAGAAAGGGGUCCAAAGUAUCUGAAAGUAACUUGUUAGGAUUAGCUGUUCCUAGCACGUUCCCAUCAGUUACACCAGCAGGCGCAUUCCUUCCCUUCCAAGGUUCCCUCCUAAACAAUAAAGUGUUUAA